AUGAUGCAAGACGUAACCGGUCAAACCCAAACAACCGCUCAGCUCAGACCAGAACAUCGGAAAAUGGUUGUACUAGCGCUUUCCAAUAAACAGGUCAAAAAGCUAGUGCUAAUGACAGCUGAAGGAAACGUCUGGAAUCAUCGAGAGAAUGCCUUUGAGAAAGUACUGUUCUUCUUUGAUACAGGCGCGCAAAAGACUAUAAUCGAAGAGGCACUGGCCGAUCGACUAGGUCUACCUAGAAUCACCACCGAAACCUGCGUAAUGUCAGGCAUAGGCGGACAUACUGAAAAAUUUGAGAGUCAUUUAGUUUCUCUCAAAGUGUGCAGCGCACAUGGGCAAGAAAUAGAAAUGUCUAUUAAGACAAAACCUAUUCUACCUGCGGGUUCCCUUCAAGGCGAACGUCAAAUACCACAUAUUUUGGUGGGGCUCGACCGCUAUUAUGGUCUUGUCAUUUCGAAUAAAGCCGAGAGAGAUGUAUUGCUUCCCUCUGUUGGGAUCUUUAGCUUGCGCUGUACUCGACUUGAGUUCUAUUUGUGUCUCGCCGAUCUGACAUUCAAUACAACCCACAGCUUCUAUGAUCCUAGAGGCAAGGGUGCUAAGAACUUACAAGCCAACGAUGUACAGGAAGAGAUGCAGGCGCACCGACACCAACAGCUGCUCGGGGAGGCGACCUUUCGUGAGGUAGAGGCGAACAAUUGA